AUGCGUAUCGAUUAUGUUCCAAACCCGCCCACAGAUCUGGCUCCCGAAGAUCAGGAAGUCUUGGAGCGAGUAAAGGCUCGACGAGGAGCCAUGGGCUUGAUUCCUCUAGACUUGACCUUGCUACAUGCUCCUAAAAUUGCAGAUGGCUGGAAUGGUCUUUUGGGAGCGGUCCGAACCAAGAAUUCCCUGCCCGACGACAUUCGCGAGAUUGCCAUUUCCCGACCGGCAUUGAUCAACCGCGCGUGGUUCGAGUGGAAUGCGCAUGUACCUAUCCUGUUGAAGACUGCAGGAUUCACAGAAGAGAAGAUGAAUGUUGUCAAACAGCUUCAUCCUAAGGAGCAAGGAGCCCUCGACGACCGGCAGUGGGCAGUCCUCAGAUUUGCGGAUGCAAUGACUCGAGAGGUUGCGGUUCCUCAAAACCUGUUUGAUGAGGUGAAGGCAGCUGGAUUCACCCAACAACAGAUCGUUGAGCUCACGGCAACCGUUGCCAGUUACAACAUGGUCACCCGCUUCUUGGUCGCGCUUGAUGUUGCUGAAGAGAACACCAAAUCUCCUAAAUAUCCCAUUGUCGAGAAUUGA